UCCAAAGGAGAUAUCCUAUAUUGGACAUGUAUGCUCUCAACCAGCAGAAGGCAAUGGCCGAUGUGGCAGUAGUACCUGCGUGCGCGUGGCGUGUAAAAGGUUCCAUUUAAACUCCAUUGAAUGUUAUAACGCUGCGUACCAGCGGCCCUGCAGCGCUCAGAAACGUUCGUGUGAAAGGGAAUGUUUUAUACCUGACUGAAAAGACGAUGUAAUUAAUAUACCAUACUCUUGAAGGCAACCCUCCACAUCACUCAUCACAGAGACAUGCACAGUGGUGCUCUGUGAGUGACAGUGAGUCAGUGUUGUGGUACGUAGCGUCCCGUCAAAACGGGAACACUUUCCAGUGUGGACCGUGGAAGUGGAGGAUGCUAUAGAACGAAAUAGUUAUCUCAGCCGUGAACGUGAGGGGCCGGAGUGACUGUGCCCUGAAGUGAAGUGAAUGGUGGAGCAUGGCACUGUCUGAGUUCUGCUCUCGCUUCCCUCUGCUGUGUCCAAGAUUCCGUCCUUCCAAGCCUCCCCAUGAGUUCUGUGGCUUCCUGGACAUUGGGGGUGUGGACAGAGAGGUGCGGGUGGAGACGCCACACUUCCCUAGCGUGGAGGGGAUACGGAUCAGCUCAGACACAUGCCUUCAGGAGCUUGUCGUAUCUCAUGUGGAUCAAUUACUGGAGGCUCAGAAGACUUCCACCACUGCCCUUCAGUACUUGCAGAAAUUCCAGGAAGUCUGUAGUACAGCAGUGAGGUGUGACAAUAUGAGCAGGGAGGAGGGAGAGCUGCAGAUAGACCUUAAUGAACAACUGGUGAGGUGUCUGCUGGCUCACCUGGAGGGCCUCGGGUGGUCCAGACUGCAGCAGGUGUCCCCUAGCUUCACCUCCUUCACCCUGCAAACAAGGGAUGCGGGUGAGCGGGUGCACCUUCUACGGGUGAAGGUUGGUGACGGCUAUCCACACGAGGAACCAGCAGUGGAGGCGGAUUUUCCUGGUGGAUUUGAGUUCAAGUAUGAGCCGAGUGAGGGGUUGGCAAGCGUGGUGCGGGCAUGGGAGGCGCAGUUGGCAUCCCUGCAGGAGUUCUGGGAUGUAAUGGAUCAGAUAGACACAGUGGCAGUGGUGCUGGACCCUCCCACCCCCGGCAGACACCACACUUUCAGGAGGCUCUUGCUAGCCAAUCAGGUCAAUAUACAGGUGACUGUCUCGCCACAACAACCUCACCACCUCCCACAGUGUCACCUGUUUGGCCCCUCCAAGCACACCCGCCCCAUCACCCAACGACUCACACACACAUUUGAGGAGUGGGAUCCUGAGCGGAGUUUUGUGGAGAACCUGGAAAACUUGGUGGGAGAAAGUGUGGCCAGGGAACGUGGAGGAGCAGAUGGGGCCAGGCAGGAGGUGGAGUGCCCCAUAUGUUACUGCCUCCACUUCCAGGGAUUGCUUCCAGAUCAGCCAUGUGAACACUGCUGUACUCCAUUUCAUGCUGCCUGCCUCUAUGAUUGGCUCUCGAGUAUCCCAGGUGCCAGACAGAGUAUAAAUAUCAUCACAGGUGAAUGUCCUUAUUGCUCAAAGAAUAUAACUUGCAAGAUCCCAGUGUAGAGAGAGAGAGAGAGAGAGAGAGAUCCUUAAUGAAUAUUUGUGUACUAGCAGAUUUUGAUGCAAUAAAAUAAAUAUUUUCGUCCAA